AUGGGCCUACAGGAAGAGGACAAGGAAGACGACAAGGCGCAUGACUAUAUCUCUACAGCCAAUCAUAACUAUAACAGUAGUGCUGCGCACAUUCCACACCUAUCCACAUCCACAUCCACAUCCACAUCUACGUCCACACUCGUUUCCGGGUCAAGGCCGAGGAAUGUUACUUCUUCCUCUUCGACGGGAGGAUUGCAGUGCUGCUGUGGCCGCUUGGAUUGCGCAUACCUCAAGCAUAACAAUGCGGCUUUGGGGGAUUUGGAGAGUAAUUUAGAGACUGCUGCGAGGUUGGGGCAGGCGUUGCUGCAACGGCACGAGACCUACGUUGCCGACGCGGAAGCAGACCGCGCCCGAAUGGUUCUUGAGAUGGAACGCCUAGAGCGAGACAAACAAGAAAUGCAGACUGCCAACGCGCGCAUCGUAGAAGAAAACCGCAAUCUACUCGAGCAGCUAGAGGGCCUCAAUAAUGCUGUCACCGCCUCAGACGACGAAAUCAAAGCCCUGACUAACCGGCUCGAGCAUACACAGCUCGAAAUGAGGGAACUCGCUGCUUCGGCUGCGCGUGCCGCGGACCUGGAGCAUCAGCUUAAUGCCAUGGAGGCCGAGCAGGUGGAGUUGCAGCAGCAGCUGAUUAUGACGCAGGAGGAUGAAAAGUCGUCGGUGCAGAGGUGGAAAAUGGCGGAAACCAUGCUGCGCGAUUUGCAGGAUCAGUUGGAUCAGCUGGAGCGUGAUGCACGCGCCGAGAGGGAGGAGCAUGUCCAAAUCAUCGAGCGUAUGGAAAGGAGGAGGGCCGUGGAGCGGGAAUUGGAUGGUGCCGCUGGUCGUCUCAAGGGCGCUGCUGCUGCGUCGGCUAUGGAUCGUAAUAACAAUAACAACAACAAUAAUAAUCGGAACGCAGGAAGAACAGCGCCGGUGGUGUCCAAGUUUGUUCGCGACAUUUUGCAGGAUAAUGCCAAUCUGCAAAUGGGUAUUGUGGAGUUGAGAGAGCUGCUGGAGAGCUCGAAUCAGGAGGUUGAGAAUCUGCGAGAGCAGAUUUUGCAUCAUCACCAGCCGCUGAACGAUAAUAAUGUGGAGGCCUCCCGGCUGGAUCAAGAACUCAGCUCAAAGGAACAAAAAGAGCCUCGUCCUAUUUCGCAGGAGAUUCAUUUCCAUCACCAUUACCACUCACCUUCCUCGUCAAUCGGCUCGAAAAAGGAGAAACAGUCGAUACGGCGUCCCAAGAAACGACGGCCAUCACUCAUGCCGUCUGGCGUACAUACCCCCAGAUCACCAAUGCAUCGCGCACAGCCUUCGUCUUCUUCUACAUCUACCAUCAUGUCGCAAACAUCAGUCUCAAUUCCGCCUUCACAACAACAGCAACAUCAUCCACGCUAUACGAUUUAUCCCUCUGGCGUCUCGUCCUUAGCAAGUUCCCCCAUUUCAGCAUACCAGCCAUCGUCUAUAUUCGAUGUUGUCGACCAGAGGAGCGAGAUUUCGCGACCUUCCAGUCCUGAGAGCCCUGCCGCGCUGACCUCGCCCAAACGGCCGCUGCGGAAGAAUCGUAUAUCUGAUGCGUCUUCAACUCGGUCCUUCUCCAUGCCAGCAGCUCCCGCCGGCGGCAGCUUGUCUUAUGCAUCGGACUUUGACCUGACUGAUAACUAUAAUGACAAGUUCGAGGGGCUUGACGGUCGCGAUGAAACUGGGGAUGUUUUCCGAGAUGAUUACCAGGAGCAACCACAACAUAUACACUCGCCGUCGAAGAAUAAUAAUAUUGCCAGUGAGGAACUGUGGCUUCCGCCUGCUAUACCCGAAGAGCAGGAGGAGACUGCAUUUGACGUGAAUAACACUGCGCAAGCAACAGAAAUAGAGAAUACCAAGCAAUACACAGAAGAAGAAGAAGAAGACGCCCCAGGCCCAUCCAUCAUGGAAAACACAUUCGAACCGAUACAGUUCAAUUUACGAAAAUCAGCAUCUUACGAAAGUCUGCUUUCAGUGUCCGGAAUGGAUAUCCACACCCUGCGCGACCGACCUUCACAGUUACUGGCGGGCUAUCAAUCGAGAUAUUUCUACCAACGCCCGCCGCAACGCAUUACCGCUGCCGGCACUGAGCUAUCGUCCACGCCGCCGGUCAUAUCGACUACUAAUAUUACAGCCGACAAGACAUCUCUAGUCGCGACGGGUAGUCGUCAGACAUCGUCACAUUCAUUGCUUGCUAGCGUUGCCGCCAAGAGUAUUAUUCAAUCAGAUACAUCCGAAGGUGCAGCCGCCGCCCCCGUUCUUAACAAAAAGGCAUCGGUAAUCAGCCGCAAAGUCGGGGGAUGGGUCAUGGGGAAAUGGGGCAUUGCUCCUGUUUAUUCCUCCUCGUCAUCUUCUUCCACUGCGGACGUGCUUAACACAGACGCAGAAAGCAUUAUAUCGGCAACAACCGACUCAUCCACGCCAACUAUUACUACUACUGUGUCGUCCGAUCGAACGCACCGAGCACGGAAACACAAGGGUAAUCAUCAGUUAAUGCGCGGCUUCGGCAUUAAUCAAAAGGGCCCCAUUCCGGGCUUUGUCCCGUCUGUUUCGCUGCCAGCGGCGAAUGUGGCCAUUCAUGUUGAUGAGAAUGGGUUGAAUAGGGAGUUGCUGGAUGAGAGUUUGAGGGAGUGA